AACGGGCUCAUGGUCGCCUGCUACAAGGGCUUCGUGGACAUCGUGCCCCUGCUGCAGAAGUGCCCCUACAUAAACAUCAACCAGCAGGACAAGGAUGGGAACACGGCCCUCAUGAUGGCAGCCCAGGCGGGACACAUCACCAUCGUCAACUACCUCCUCAACUACUACCCCGCGCUUGAGGUGGACAAGCGAGACCCCCGAGGCCUGACGGCGCUGAUGAAGGCCGCGAUGCAGGGGCAGGAGGACUGCGUGGCUGCCCUGCUCCUGGCCGGAGCAGACCUGCAAGCGGUGGAUCCCAUCAAGGGGAAGACGGCCAGGGAGUGGGCAGCCUUCACCGGCCGCUUUGAGACAACCAUGCGGAUCCGGAGCCUCCUGCGGCGCCCGCGGGCGGAGCAGUUUGGCACCCAGUACCGGCCCGAGUGGCCAGCCCUGGCUGAGCUGGUGGCCAAAGCCCUGAGACCCAAAUCCAGGGGCAAGAGGCUGUCGGAGAAGAUCCGAUCCAUGUUCACCUUCAACUUCCCCCACGACCACAAGGAGGAUGGCAUGAUGGACCACAUGGUGAGGAUGACCACCUCCCUCGCCAGCCCCUUUGUGGCCACCGCUUGCCAAACCAUCUGCCCCGACAGCCCCCCAGAGGUGGGCAAGCACAGGCUGUCUGUGCCAGAGAUCCUCGGGCAGCAUGUGCUGGAUCCGGACGCUGAGCCAGAACCCACCUCGUGCCCCAGCACCAGUGCAUCCUCUUGCAACGGUCAAGCUGUGUCAGAGAUCCGGCUCCUGCCACCACGCUGGCCAGCCAGUGGCCUGCUGAGCUUCCCGCCCCUGCGGCGUGGGAACAGCAUCUUCCCCGGAGAGCCCAUCCCGAAAAUCAAAGUGAGCAAAGCCUCCUGCCCGACUGCCCGCUCGAGGGAGUGGAGGCAGCACGGGAAGGACAAGAACCUGCUGCAGCCACCCAAGUGGAGGUACAAGGAGCUGAAGGAGGAGACAGCGGCCAAGGAGGCGAAAAGCGAGGAGAAAAAGAAGAAAGGGGGGAAGAGAUGCUAA